UGGUGGGAGGACAGAUAGACGGUACCGGAUUUCACACCCGAACAGAGGGAUGCUACGGUGAUCUCCCAUCUUUUCUCCCCCUGCACCCGCCUCACCACAUCUAACCCCUUCCACAAUCCGCUUGGCUGAUUGAGUGCGUUUGCUUCUGCGCUCCAACUGGAAAGCAACUUGGUUCCUGCUUUGAUUAUCAUCCAUUUAUCCCACCCCAACAGAAAGAAAAAGAACACUGGGGGUUUCAUUUAGUGGAUGUGUUGGACAUCUGGCAAAAGAAACAAUACAACUUAAGAGAAGUGAGCGUUCUGGACUGGCUUGUAUGUAUUGGGGAGGAUUUCACUGGAGAGACGAGCUGCGCACGGAAUCCGCCACUUUCGAGGCUCCUCUGUGUCACCGUGCAGGAAAGGAAACUUUCAUCCUAUCAAGCACAGUAAUGAGCUGAAAGGCUCUCUGACUGGAAGACAGGAGAAGUAAACAGAUUCGGAGGCGCACGAAUACACAAGUCAAAAGAAGAAAGGAAGAUAAUCAACAAGUCGGUGAUGAGCAUCUGCUGCAGCAGGCCCCGUUUCAGCACAUGAACUAGGACAUUUUUAAAUCAAGCGUUUAGUUAAGUGAAAACCAGGAUUUGGCUCAGUGGGAGCAAAGCUCCACUGAGAGGACCCGGAAAGUCGUGGGCGGAGUGAAGUCCAAGGUCACUCAGGUCGAGGGGUAGACAGCGAUGCUGAUAAUGAAGCGGCAGGGCUCCGGGACACUGAGGACCCUCCUGCUUUUACUGGGACUCUCUGUGCUCUGUAGCGUCGCAUUAGGAACCAGAAGAGGAGAUGCUUCGUUGGAUCACAGGAACCACAGACACAGACAUCCAGGUCAUUUAUCACUGCAUAGACACAGACAGAGGACGGGGAAGGAGGGACAGGUUCUCCACAGGUCCAAACGAGGAUGGGUGUGGAAUCAGUUCUUCGUCAUUGAGGAGUACACGGGACCUGACCCGGUUCUGGUGGGCAGGCUCCACUCAGAUGUAGACUCAGGUAAUGGAAACAUCAAGUACAUCCUCUCCGGCGAAGGUGCCGGGACAAUCUUUGUUAUUGAUGACAAGACGGGCAACAUCCACGCCACAAAGACCCUGGACCGCGAGGAACAGGCCCAGUACACGUUAACAGCCCAGGCCGUGGCCAGAGACACCAACAAGCCCCUGGAGCCUCCGUCAGAGUUCAUAGUGAAGGUUCAGGACAUCAACGACAACCCUCCCGAGUUCCUGCACGGGCCGUACUACGCCAGGGUACCGGAGAUGUCCAACGUUGGUACGUCGGUGAUGCAGGUGACGGCUACGGAUGCGGAUGACCCCACCUACGGCAACAGCGCCAGGCUGGUGUACAGCAUUCUGCAGGGACAGCCCUACUUUUCUGUGGAGCCACAGACAGGUAUAAUCCGUACUGCCUUGCCGAACAUGGACCGCGAGGCCCGGCAGGAGUACGACGUCGUCAUCCAGGCCAAAGACAUGGGGGGUCACAUGGGUGGUCUAUCUGGGACCACUGAGGUCAAAAUCACCCUCACGGACGUCAACGACAACCCUCCAAAAUUCCCACAGAGUGUGUACUCCAUGUCCGUGUCGGAGGACAAGGUGCCGGGAGAGGAGGUGGGCCGUCUGAAGGCCAAAGACCCGGAUCUCGGCGACAACGGGAUGGUGAACUAUCGGAUAAUAGAGGGCGAUGGAAUCGGUCUGUUUGAAUUGACAACCGAUUCUGAGACCCGGGAGGCCGUCAUUAAACUGAAGAAGAAAGUGGACUAUGAGACUAAGAGGGCAUAUACUUUGAGGGUGGAGGGAUCCAACCCCCAUAUCGAUCCGCAAUUCAUCGCUUGGGGCCCUUAUAAAGAUGAAGCCACAAUUAAGAUAUCAGUGGAGGAUGCAGACGAGCCUCCUGUUUUUCUAGCUUCCAGUUACACGUUUGAGGUUGAGGAGAAUGCGCCUCAAGGCACCAUGGUGGGACGAGUUCACGCUAAGGACACUGAUGUUGCCAACAGCCCCGUCAGCUACAUGAUUCCUCUGUACACCGACAUAGAAAAGUUCUUCAGCGUUGCAGAAGACGGCAUGAUCACCACGACAAGACCGCUGGACAGAGAGACGCAGCCUUGGCAUAACAUAUCUGUGUCGGCCAUAGAGAUCGGGGGCCAUCACCAAGACACCAAAGUGCGCGUCAACAUCAAAGUGAAAGACGUGAACGACAACCCCCCGGAGUUCGCCACCAACAACGAAGUUUUCAUGUGUGAAACCGUAGCACCGGGGAAGGUCAUUGAGACUGUGAGUGCAGUGGACAAAGAUGUGAUGGCUCACAGACAAUACUUCACGUACAAACUUGCUGCGGAGGUCGCACACAACAUCAACUUCACCGUCAAAGACAACAGAGACGGCACAGCCAGUAUCUAUGUGCUGCGUAAAGGAUUCAGUCGUCUAACCCAGGAUGUUUACUACCUUCCCGUUGAGAUAAAUGACAACGGUUUCCCCCCUUUGACUAGCACCAACACCUUGACCAUCAGAGUCUGCUCCUGCAACAAGGACACCAUCCUCUCCUGUAACGUGGAGCCGUAUGUCCUCCCUGCUGGUCUGAGCACUGGUGCUCUCAUAGCUAUACUGGCCUGCAUUGUCAUUCUACUCGCAAUUGUGGUGUUGUUUGUUGCACUGAGGCGUCAGAAGAAGGAGCCAUUGAUAGUGUUUGAGGAGGAGGACAUCAGGGAGAAUAUUAUCACUUAUGAUGAUGAGGGAGGAGGCGAGGAGGACACUGAGGCAUUUGACAUUGCUACCCUGCAGAACCCUGACGGUGCCAACGGUUUCCUGCCAAGAAAGGAUAUCAAACCAGAACUUCAGUUUCCCAUUAGGCCAGGCAUUGGCCGCUCUGCAGCCAACAGUGUUGAUGUUGAUGACUUCAUCAAGACGAGAAUUGGAGAAGCCGACAGUGACCCGACUGCACCUCCCUAUGACUCCAUUCAGAUCUAUGGAUACGAAGGCAGAGGAUCAUUGGCUGGCUCACUGAGUUCACUCGAAUCCGUCACAACCGAGUCUGACUUGGAUUAUGACUAUCUGCAAAGUUGGGGGCCCAGGUUUAGGAAGCUGGCAGAUUUGUACGGGACCAAAGACUGCUCCAUUAAUGAUGGUGAUGAUGGUGACGACUCUUAACAAUGGUCUUCCUCAGUGGACGCCCCUGAUUUCUGAUUUAUUGAUUCCAAGAGGAUUUGUCAACUGAGGAGUUAAGACUCCCCAGUAUCCAGUUGUAACCAUCUUCCAAAUGAUUAGUUCAUGCCAAUUUGUCGACGAACGUUAACAGCUCUCCAUCCCUGUGGCACCUUCCGGGUCCUCUAAGACCAUUUCUUAAUGGACACACAAUAAAUGCUUGGAUUUGAACUGCUCCCAUCUUUUCCAAAUCUCGCCUGUCCCUCCUAUGGCUCUAUCCCUCUGUCUCUUUCUACAGACUUGAGCAUUGCAGGGCUGGUAGAUUUGUUAUAUCACCAGUUUUUCUGUUUGGGAGCAAUAUGAUGGAAAUAUUGUUGCUGUAUCAUCAGAAUGACUUGCCUUUAGCAAAUUGUUGAGCGUAUAAGAGGUUCUAUACACUUAUGGACUGGAAUCACAUGUUUCCUCAAUAGUUCCUGAGAGAGAGAUUGUAUUCCCUUAACAAGUUCCUGAGUGGGGUAUAUUUCCCUUCAUUGCUCUCUCAAAGGAAAAGAGGAAGAGAAGAUGAAAGUAAAUUAAAAGAAAAGUUUGUAUGAAAUCCAGUUACUGCCUGCUAAGAGAUAUGAAACCUGAAGACGUGUGAGUAAGGUCAAAAUGGUUGUUUUGUCUGCUGAAUUCAGCAGGUAUUGCGGUAAAGAAGGUGUGACCGACUCUGAGUUGUUGAUACUUUGAAGACGCUUACGGCAUCUUCACAGUAUGGUGGCCUUAUAAUAAUUAAACAACUCCAGGGGUAAACAUGAGACUGAAGAUAGAGACCACUAGCUUCAGUAGCUACACGCAGAAAAGACACAUAUGGACUAAAGGAGUAGCUGUGAAAUCGCUACGCAAAUACCAUUUUUUCUACUCCAAAAGAGAGACAAAUUCAACAUGGAUUGAAUUUUAAAAUUGUGGCUGAUUCUUUGUUUUCAUUCUUCACUGCAAAGAAAAUGUUAAAAGAGAGGUCCUCCCAUCAGCAAUCAUCUCCCAUACUUAGACCACACGUGAAUGAUCACCUCCACAUCUGGAGUCCACCAAUGAUGACAAUGAGUAAAAACCUGUGAGCUCUAAAAUCGCCUUAAACUUAACGGACACUCUUGCAACGCAGUGCUUUGUCUUAUCUUUUUUUUUUUCCUUUUGUUUCUUUUUGUAACUUGAAACAUAUAUUCAGAAAGCAAAAUAUUCUCCAUGUUAGGUGUGUACUGAGCAAUGUGCAGACAUGUGAUAUAUCACUCUGAGGAUCCAAACUGCGCCUCAUGCCCUCUUACAAAAAGGAUGUGCAUGGUAAAUGUAGACUGGUAAAAUGCGUUGUGUUUUUUUCUGAUACCUGGUUGUUGGCAGCAACAUCUGUUGCAUCAACACAUAUCGCCAUUUAAAGAUGCGCACAUAAGAAAACAACACAACGUGAUUCAGAUAAACCAGAGCAUCCUUUUUAAGCGUGUAGGUUUUCAUUCUCUUUUUAAUGUUAUUAUAUUAUUAUGAUUAUUAAUGUUGUUUUCUAUUAAUAUUGUUAUCAUUAUUAUGACAGUAAUUGUUAUUUCAUUGGCUGCACAGGAACAAAGUGAUGUUUAACUCUUUGCAGCUGAUUUAUCACAUUCGUCUAAACAUGAACAGAUUCAGACAGGUUUGUUAUUCAUUUCUGGUCAGCUGAAAGAAAUUCACUGCUAAAAGAAAAAUAUCAGCUUUGGGUUAUGCCUGUGUGUGCACCACUUUUCUCCUCGCUUUUGAUUUUGAUUCCUUUCUCAUUAUUUGGCGUUCCUUCCUUCUUUCUCCCUAUUCAAGAGGAAAAUUAGCAAUCUGUGUUUGUUGCAGUGAGAGAACGCCUUGUUUUUAUUCUCUGUCAAGUUUUAUGGUACCAAUUUGUACAAUUUUAAAAGUUCUUAUUUUAGUAUACAUGCAGAAUAUUCCAGUAUUACAACAAAAACAUGUUAAGAAGAUAAAAAAAAGUUACAGCAUCACACUUAUAUUUUCUGAACAUUGUACUCUUGCUUUACUAUGUGCUUCAAUCUCCGAAGCGAAAAAAAGACAAAAAAACAAAGAAACUUUGAAAUAAAUGCUCUUUUUAUAAAAUUA